AGAAGUGACAAGUAGAAGUAGCAAAAAAAAGAGACAACUUCGGAUACACUAUCAGAUUCAUAGAUUGAUCAACAAAUUUUGGCUCCAUUGAUUUUCUUGGUGUUUUUUCUAUCAUCAACCUAAGGUGGCUUUGAUAGUUUCUGCAGAUUGCUCUGAAGAUUUAUUAGCAGUCUCUAGUUUCAAGAGCUGUUGCAACAAUGGAAACAUUUAGCCAGUCAUCUAUACUAUCAAGUCCUUACUCUUCACCUAAUCUUAGUGCCUUACUCAAGAUAAAAGUCAUAUCAUGGAGCCAAGAGACUGGAUUACCAGUAACUGUUCGUGUUCGUGUUGCAGAUAGAUCCUUCAACUUGCACAAGUUACCACUAAUAUCCAAGAGUGGAUACUUCAAGAAACAACUAGAUGAAUGGCAAGAAGUUGAUCUUCCAUCAAAUUUUCCUGGUGGCUCAGAAACAUUUGAGAUGAUCGCGCUAUUCAUCUAUGGCUCUUCCACAUUUAUCGAUCCUUUCAACGUUGCUUCCCUUCGUUGUGCAGCAGAAUUUCUUGAAAUGACAGAAGCUAACAGCUCUGGAAACCUAUGUGAACGGACUGACCUUUACUUGAAUCAAGUAGUAUUACAGAGUUGGGAUGAUACCCUCAUUGUUCUACAAAAAUGCCAAACUUUGCUCCCUUGGUCAGAGGAACUUCUUAUUGUGAGCCGGUGCAUAGAAUCCUUAGCGUUUAUGUCUUGCAUGGAGAUACUUGAUCCUGAAAGGAAAAGGAAAAAACCAAUUGUGUCAUUAGAAGCUCUUGCAAGCCAACCAUGGAACAACAAAUUAUUAAAGGAUAUUGCAAAUGAUCAAGAUCAUGUUUGGAUUAAAGAUCUAAUUGCUCUUCCAUUUGGUUUCUUCAAAAGGAUUAUUGGGUCAUUAAGAAGGCAAGGAAUGAAGGAGAAAUAUGUAAGUCCCAUAAUUGUGUUUUAUGCCAACAAAUGUGUUCUUUCCAAGAAAACGCGCCAAUUUUGGGAGUGUUUAUGUGACAAGGACGACAAUGAUGAUACUAAUGUCCAUAAUAAUACAACGAAUGAUGAAAAGGUUUCAGGAUUAUUACAAGGAAUCAUUGAUUUGUUGCAAGUAGGAGUGAAGAUUAGUAGAGUGAUUCCAGUUGGGUUCUAUUUUGCCUUAUUAGCUAAGUCUCUUGAACUUGGAGGAACAAGUAAUGAAAGAAAGGAAAAGUUACAAGAGCAAAUUGUACAUCUUUUACCUUUAGCACAUGUGGAAGAUUUUCUUCUUCCAAAGCCAAGAGAGUGUGUUAGUACUAGUAUGGAAGUGAGUGUGAUGGAAAGUAUAUUUUCCUCAUAUGUUUCGUCGAAUGUUGGAUUGAUGGAGCAAACGCCUCCAACAGGCAAUGCGAUUGUGGCAGAAUUGUGGGAUUCAUAUCUCUCCUUGAUAGCUCAUGAUCCAAAUAUGACACAUAAGAAGUUCAUGAAUUUUCUUGAGAUAGUUCCCUUAUCCUACAGAAAUAACCAUGAUCAUCUCUAUGCUGCGAUGAACACAUAUAUCCAGGCACAUCCACAACUACCACAGGAAGAAAAAAACUCAGUCUGCAAGUACUUGAAUUGCCAAAAAUUAUCCCAAGAAGUAUGCAUUGAGGCAGUGCAAAACGAGUUCAUGCCGCUUCGAUUAGUAGUUCAAGCACUCUUUGUUCAACAACUGAACACACAACAUGCCUUCAAAGAAUGUUCUGAGUCAUUCAGGUUUGCAUAUUCAAGGGAAUUUUCAGGAAGUCUUUCAAGUUCAAGAUAUCAGAAUUCCAAAAGCCAAAAUCUAGGAGAUAGUGAUGAAGGUGAAAUAAUGAUGAUGAAAAAUCCUUUAAGUUGUCUACUAGAGAAUGAUGUAAUGUUACAAAGAAAUACAGAGAUAGUCACAGCACGAAAAGAGUACGAGUCUACAAGUUUCAGGAUACAGAAUCUUGAACAAGAACUUGUAACACUUAAGAAGAGUUUAUGUAUGAAGAAUAUGGCCAAAGAAACAGAAGAAGUAAAUCCAAGUAAAUUGACAAGUUAUGGAUUAGAAGGAAGAUCAUACAGUAAAAGGAGGAAUAUUUCAAUUGGACAGGUAACAAGCUGUAUUGGGUCAGUUAAUUUUUCUACUCAGAGGAAGUAUGCUGGUAGAAUACUCAAGAUCUUUAGAAGGGUAACUUUGUUUGGAAGACCAAAACUUAAAAGAAGACCUAGUGUUUCAGGUUCAUAAGCAAAAAAGUUUGACAAUGAAGAUGAAUUAAUUUUGCUUGAAUUGUUGUAAUAGUGUUGUAUAUUUAUUGUUAAUGGAAGACUUAUCUUGCUCAGGGUAAACAAAAAUUGCUACGAAGUUUUUUUUUUUUUUUUUUUGGACAUCGGUAAAACUUACAAGAACAAAACAAAACAAACAAACCAACUACAGAGUGACCAUAGGUAUAUGUUCUAGGCGAACAUGAUUGGCCAGGUCAUGCGCCCUCUGAACUUGUUGACGAUUAGCUUUUAUAAUUCGACACCAUUGGAGUUGAUGUCCAAGGGAGCGAAUGUCGUUGAGAGUUCAUGCAAUCGAGAUAGGUUGUGUGUCUUGAUGAAGUAAACUCCGGACCAGUACUUCAGAAUCGGUAUAGAUCAAAAUUUGGCAAUAAC